GAUACUUCCUUCAGGGAAGUUUUGCAGAAGCCUUUGUUCUUUCCAAUGGCAACUUUUUUACUCAUAAAUCUCUUGCUUCUCCUUCAGCCAGCUUUCCAGCUAUCAGAAAGUGGAAGUUUCCUGAUAUAUAAUGAAAACCUCAAACUUUGUGUACAACUUCAACAAUCCCGUUCAAUCAUUCUGGACUACUGCAAUAAUGAUAAUGAGGGGCAACAUUUUAAGUGGGUAUCUGAUUACCAGUUGUUGAACGUGGCAGUGAAACUAUGCCUGGCAGUGCCUUCGAAAACAAACCUGGUUCCGGUCACACUCUCCCCCUGUAACAGGACCAUUGAACUUCAGAAAUGGGAGUGCCGAAAUGACACCCUUCUGGCACUCAAAGAAGGAGGCCUGUUUUUACAUCCUGCUAAUGGACGUAAGGGAAAAGUUAUCCUAUCUCAAACAUCCACCAUGCAGAGUAUCUGGAAGAUCUAUGGAACAAAAGACAGCCUGUGUUCUAAGGGCUAUGAAGCUCUGUAUACCUUAAAUGGCAAUGCCUUUGGAGCCCCCUGUGUAUUCCCAUUCAAGUAUAUGAACAAGCAGCAUGCUGAAUGCAUAAGAGAUGACAAAAACGGGAAGCUUUGGUGUGGAACAACUCCGGAUGUGGAUAAAGACGCUUUAACUGGCUAUUGCCCGCUAAAAGAUGACCAUGAUGAAUUCUUCUGGACCAGAAAUCGUUGGACAGGAGAUCUCUACCAGAUCAAUACCCAGUCAGCUCUAACAUGGUACCAAGCAAGAACAAGUUGUCAGCAACAGAAUGCUGAAUUAGUGAGCAUCACAGAACUACAUGAACAAAUAUACCUAUCAGGAUUAACAAGUAUUAUUGAGACUGACUACUGGAUUGGCCUUAACAGUCUGGAUUUUGAAAGUGGAUGGCAGUGGAUUUGCAAUCAUCCAUUAAGAUAUUUAAAUUGGUCUCCAGGUAGCCCAUCUCUGGAAACCGAAAAAAUGUGUGGAUCAAUGGAGUCUAAGAGUGGCAAAUGGGAGAAUAUAGAGUGUGAUCAGAAACUUGGAUAUAUUUGCAAAAAACAAAACUCUUCAAUACAUGCUUCUGUUAUUCCUUCAGAUGACUUUAAGCCUGUUAAAUGUCUAGAUGGCUGGGUUGCCUAUGCAGACCAUUGUUACCAUCUUAACAGAGGUCCCAAGGCAUGGAAGAGUGCGUUACUGUCCUGUCGAAAGGAUGGUGGAGAUUUAAUCAGUAUACACAACAUUGAAGAAUACAGCUUUGUCAUCUCUCAACUUGGCUACAAAGCAACAGAUCUCCUGUGGCUAGGACUGAAUGACCAGAAGACCCAGAUGUAUUUUGAAUGGAGUGAUGGGACUCCUGUAGUAUUCACUAAGUGGCAGCGAGGAGAACCGACGCACAUAAAUAAUGUGCAAGAAGACUGCGUCAUCAUGAGUGGGGAGAAUGGACAUUGGGCAGAUUAUUUCUGUGAAGAAGAACUUGGUUACAUUUGCAAAAAAGAACCUUUGGCAUCUGUUCCUGAAGAAGCUGAAACUGCUGAUCCAAAAUGCCAGAAAGGCUGGAAAAGGCAUGGUUUAUAUUGUUACUUCAUUGGGCAGACAUCUGUGAUAUUCUCAGAAGCGAAGAACAUCUGUGCAGCAAACAAGGGAUUUCUGACUUCCGUGGAAGACAGAUAUGAACAGGCCUACUUGACCAGUCUAAUUGGGCUGCAUUCUGAAAAAAUGUUUUGGAUCGGCCUUUCAGAUAUAGAGCAACCAGGGACAUUCAAGUGGACCAGUGGAGAUAAUGUUCUGUUCACCCACUGGAAUUCAGAAAUGCCUGGGCAACAGCCUGGCUGUGUUGCCAUGAGAACUGGCACUGCAGCUGGAUUGUGGGAUGUUGUGAGCUGUGAGGAGAAGGCAGCUUUCCUCUGCAAACAAUGGGCAGAAGGUGUGACGCCUCCUCCUGCCCUAGUAACAACUCCUCCACCCCCAUGUCCAGAAGGAUGGAGUCCAAGCCCACUUAGAAGUGUGUGCUUCAAAGCUUUUAAGGGUGAAAAGUAUGAGAAGAAAACUUGGUUUGAAGCACAUGAUUUUUGUAAAGAAAUUGGAGGAGACCUGCCUUCUAUCCAUGGUUAUAAAGAGGAGAAUGUGCUAAUAGCAAUUUAUUAUGGAGAAGACUCUUGGAUGGGUUUAAAUCCUAUGGACAACAGCAGUGGGCUUACUUGGACUGAUGGAUCUCCUAUAAAAAGAGGUGCACCCUUAAACCCAGAACCAAGAAAUACUUUAGAAGAUUCCUUCAAAAUACUUGAAGAUGGCUGGAUUGGAUAUGAGAACAAUGAAUACUAUUUCAGUAAUAUAACUUUGCAUGCAGAAGAAGCCCGGAAAUUCUGCCGGGCACAUGACGGAGAUCUUGUGGUCAUUGAGAGUGAAAGUGAACGAAAAUUUCUGCGGAAAUAUAGCGCCUUGUAUGGAUCUUCUAUGAUUGACCCCUAUAUUGGUUUAAUUGUGGGACUUGAUAGAAAGUUUGGAUGGGUAGAUGGAUCUCCAGUGACUUAUGUAGCCUGGGCCCCUGAUGAACCAAACUUUAAAAAUAAUGAUGAAUACUGUGUGGUCUUGUACCUUAAGACAGGCUUCUGGAAUGAUAUAAAUUGUGGUGCUCUGAGGAGUUUCAUCUGUGAAAGGCAUAACAGUUCUGUCCGCUCUACGAUUGCUCCCACAUCGCCUGCACCUCAGGGAGGUUGUGCUGAAGGCUGGCUUUUGUUUGAAAACAAGUGUUUCAAAAUAUUUGGUUUCGAUGAAAAAGAGAGAAAAGGCUGGUAUGAUGCCCGUACUGAUUGCAUAAACAAAGGAGGAAACCUGGCUAAUAUACCAAGCAAAACUGUUCAAGCUUUCCUCACGAUGCACUUAAAAAGCACUUCUGCUGAUACCUGGAUUGGACUGAAUGAUGUUAAUUGGCGAGGUAGAUACUUAUGGACAGAUGGGCGUAUUGGUGUCUACUAUACAAACUGGGCCAAAGGCUUUCCAAAUAACAAAGGUUCCUGUGUUUUUAUGAUGAAUGAGUCUGAACGACUGGCAGGAAAUUGGAGAGAUGGACUAUGUACUGCUCCGAAAAGCUACAUCUGUCAAACAAACACUGAUACUAUAUUUUCUCACUCAGAACCAACGAUUCCAGCCUCUGGCUACAUCCUUUACGGAAACAGCAGCUAUUCUCUCGUUAGCCCCAAAAUGACAUGGGAAGAAGCAAGAAAAAAGUGUAAAUCUGAAAAUGCGGAGCUUGCCAGCAUAUUAACUUCCUACAUCCAAUCCUUCGUAUGGCUACAGGUGUUAAAAUACGGGGAGCCUGUGUGGAUUGGUCUAAAUAGUAAUAUGACCAAUGAGGCGUACAAGUGGGUGAAUAACUGGAGACUGUUCUACAGUAACUGGGCCGCUGAAGAACCAAAGCAGAAAAUUGCCUGUGUCUACUUAGACCUUGAUGGUCACUGGAAAACAGGAGCUUGCAAUGAAAAGCACUUCUUUGCCUGUGAGCAGUAUCAUGGUGUACGCCCAACUGAGACUCCGGAGGUCCCAGGAAGAUGCCCUACAUUAAACCACACCCAGCUAUCUUGGAUUCCCUUUCAGGCUCAUUGCUAUCUGAUCUACCCUGGAAGAGAUAGCCGGCCCUCAGCAUCCUUGAAAUGUACUCAGUUAGGUGGCACCUUGACUUCAAUAGAAGAUUUAGUUGAACAGGAAUUUUUGAAGGCACACACUGAACAACUCCGUCCUAUGCACUUUUGGAUAGGAUUGACUGAAAAUGUGGAUGGAAAAUGGAUGUGGGAAGAUAACACUGAAGUGGAUUUUGUCAACUGGAAGGGAGGACAGCUCAAGGAGGAUGCAAAAUCAUAUUACCAUGAUGGUUUUUUAAAUUUUCAACGUCAAUGCGUUUUCAUGAAUGGCCAUACGGGGGAGUGGUCCCUUCAACGCUGCUAUUAUUCGUCAGAGGCAUUUAUUUGUAAAACACACAAAAUUAUCGAAGAGACUACCAUUAAGGAGCCUACAAAACCUAAAGAUCAAGAAGCGAUUCCUGGACCAUCACAAAGCACACUUAUGCUGGUGGUUAUGCUGGUGAUCCUCAUCCUCAUUGGUGUAGGCAUCACGAUCUAUAUUUUAUACAAAAGAAGUAGGAAACGGCAACAAAUCAUUGCUAACGCUGGCAACUCUUCGUAUCGUGACAGCAUGGUUAUUCUUCAGAAUGACCCAGUGAACAACAGGGAGUGGAAUUAACAAAUUUAGUCUGCAAUCUUACACACACUUAGAUGGAAGUAGGUCCCAUUGAACUCAAUAGGGAUAGGUUUCCAUUGUUAUAAAUUAAUAGAAAUAACCAUUUGGAAAAUAUUUGUCCCAAGCAGCAAUAUCUGGGGUGGCUUUCCUUAACCAGACUCAUGAUGUGGAAUGUUUGAAUACAUAAAGGUUUUUCAGUGAAAACUUUAAAAAUGCUUUAUGGAAUAUAAACACUGAAGAGCAUCUCAUUAUCCUCUGGCAACUGAAAGCCUACAAAAUAUUUUUGCCUCAAUUC